CGUCCAUCUGCAUUCUUCCUUUUUCUCAUCAUUCAUCUAUUUCAUCUCUUUCCUUUUCUUCUUUCCUUUCCGCGCUUCGUUAUAUUCCCUUCCGUCUCCUCACCGGUGCCCCUACCCGGAUUGAAAGAUAUCUGGCUCCUUUCCUAAUCCGUACAUUCCUUCAACCCUUCACAUCUCCUCCACUCCUUAACUCCAUGCCACGCUAUUUCACCUGUUCAUAAUCCUACUUCAAUAGUCCAAUUCCAAUCCUUAUCCAACCAUGGCUGACCAACCCACCACAACCACACGCGCCACUCCUCGCCGCACUAUUUCACGCCCUAUAGCCACUGGAGCCAGCACUACUCGGGCUACUCGCACUGCUCGACCCACCAACCAGGGGUCUCGUUCAGUAACGCGUGUGCCACGGUCAUCCGCCGCUGUUUCUGACCGCACAUCGACACUAGCUGCUUUACCUACUUCGUCAUCUGCUCCCGAGUCAGCUGGCGGCCCAUCCGGCGCUGUCAUCGGAGGGAUUGCAGCGGGUGCAGCCAUGAUGUUUGCUUUAGUCGGGCUCUUGUUUUACAAAAGGCGUAAAAGGGCUACUGUCGCUACUGCAGAUGUCAGAGGUGGCAGCAAGGGUGACCUUCCUACUACAAGUACCGCUCUCUCAACGAACAACACCAUCUCUGGGCCAAUGUCUUUGGCACCUGAUGACGGCAUUGAGGCUGCACCUGCUCAUCGUCCUGAAGCUCACUUUAGAGAACAGCAGCAAUUCCGACCAGGCAUGAGAGACGAGCUUUUUGCUCAACCUGGCAGUGCUAUCCAUAAAACUCUAACGGAACGCAGGGAGAACAACAGCAAUAGCGGCAAUCCUAAAGAAAACGCCCUCGUUAAUAACAAUGGCUAUCUCAACGAGAAAGAGCUCUACAGCGGCAACAAGGAAUCCCUAACAAACUCGAUUUACGACCAUAAUCAUCUUGUAGACGAUUACUUUGAAGGGCCAGACAAUGCUGCAGUUGCCCCAUCCAUUGGUGCUCAGCGACCUGCCCCACAACCCAAAGAUCCAACGCAUGGUAACUUGACACCUGCACCAGAGUAUUACCUUGGUAAAGAAGAUAUCGAUCCUCGACGUGAUUUGCGUGGACUAGAUAAGCCUGAAGCUUAUGUGAAAAAGGCAUCACCUAUGUUUGAACCUGAUCAGGCGCAGCCAUCUGGUAACCAACGUUCCUCAUCUUCUUCAGACGGGGAUAGUGCCUAUCUUACACUGGAGCAGGCUCAGCAGGCCCACAACAAUAAGAUGAUGGGUCACAAACAAAGCAUUGGUUCUGCCGAGGCGUUGAUGGCGAAUCAACAUACUAACGACCGCCUCAAGAAUAAUGGGAGUGCACCUCCUGACCAUCUUCUCUCGGUGGCCAUGACAGAGUCCACAGUAUCAAUGAUGCCGGCGCUCUCACCUGCAGCAGGUCCGCUACCAUCUCAGCGUCCUGGCCCACCUAAUCGAGGCCUAGUACAGGGACCCAUGUCCCCUACUUCUCCCCAUACUCGAGGCAGAGAGGAUCCGUAUGCAGAAAGUGCAUACAGUGAAGAUUAUCUCGAUGAUCGGUCGUUAGCAUCCGGAAGCUAUUAUAACCCACAUUAUGCUGGACAGCAACAUUCACCACAAUACCAUCAGCAUCAUAGUAGUCCAUACUCAUCACAACCCAUCUCUCCUCCAUAUUCUCAGCAAGGAUAUCCUCAACAAGGAUAUGGUCCUGUGCCUUACAACAAUAGUUAUAAUCAUGGUUAUAGCCAUGGCCAUGGCUACAAUAAUAAUGGCUAUAACAGUAAUGGUUACAGUGGUUAUAAUGGAAACAAUAGAUCAUAUCCAGGCUCACCAUCGUUUCCCAACUCACAGCCGCUACCUCACCAUGGGCCAGGAAUCCAGCGUGAUGGGCCUUACCAAAGGCAAUACUAGUAAAUACUGUUGACCAGUUUAGAAUAGUAAAAUGUAAUAAAAAGAAGAACGCGUCG